AUGAGUGUUUGGACACUAAUAAGUGUCCACGUUUGGGGACCACCUCUCCGUACCACGGACCUCCUUUCCUCCUCCUCUCGCACCGACCAGUGUCCGAUUAGCGCUGAAAGCCACGAAGGGAAGCAGAGGGAAGACGGAGCGCCGGUCCGUCCGCCCUCCUCAGCACCGCGCAGAGGAGACACGCAUCGGAGGAAAGAUUCCCCGCAACGCAUUGAAAGCUUCUGUGCCCAGCGUUURGCCAUCCUGUCCCAGAAGCUGGACUUCCUGUCCCAGCACUCCUGCGUCAACCUGAGCCAGCUGGAGGAGCUGGUCCAGCAAGUUGUGUCUGCUGUCCGAUCCGGGGUGAAUCCUGCAGGAACUUACACCAACCACAGCAGCCUGUGGGACCUGAGCUCCGCUUUCUUCUUUGCUGGAACUGUCAUCACCACCAUUGGAUUUGGGAACAUCUCUCCCCACACCGAGGGAGGGAGAAUAUUCUGUAUCAUCUACGCUCUGCUGGGAAUACCACUGUUUGGUUUCCUCUUGGCAGGUGUAGGUGAUCAGCUUGGCACCAUCUUCGGGAAGGGAAUCGCCAGGGUGGAGAAAAUGUUUGUGCACUGGGCCAUCAGCCAGACCAAGAUCCGAGUCAUAUCCACGCUGCUGUUUGUCCUGUUCGGCUGCCUGCUGCUGGUGGCGCUCCCGGCAGCCAUCUUUAAACACAUCGAGGGCUGGUCUGCGCUGGAGUCCCUCUACUUUGUGGUCAUCACCUUGACCACCAUCGGGUUUGGAGACUUUGUGGCAGGUGGGUCAGACAUAGAGUACCUGGACUAUUACAAACCACUGGUUUGGUUCUGGAUUCUGGUGGGACUGGCCUACUUCGCUGCUAUYCUCAGCAUGAUAGGAGACUGGCUCCGAGCCAUCUCCAGGAGGACGAAAGAAGAGUGUAAAGUCCACACCGGAACCAACAUGGCUGCCACCACCAAGAUGGCCGAGGUAGAUUCACUUCUUCAUCCACACCCAGUGGCUCCACAAGCUGUGUUGGUGAUCGAUUGA